GGAAUAGAUGCGAAGGACUCGUUAAAAAUAAGGGAACUGUCGAACAUACACUGUAUAAACAUUUUAAUUUAAUCUAUAUAUUCGCACAACGAAUAUCGACUGUUUACUAAAGUAGCUUCUAAUUUCUUAACGUACAUACGUAUAAUCAAUUUGGGUCGUAUAGCCUUUUCUUGUUGCCUGUCAGCUUCAGUCUGACAGUGGCUGAAGUGGCUUGAGAUGGCAGACGAGGCUCUUUUUCAGUUCCUGCACAGUGAAAUUAUUCAAUAUGUCAACAGUGUAGAAACCGGGGAAUCGGAGAAUGGACGAUGUGUUUCUAAACUUGAGAACAUGGGGUUUCGUGUGGGACAAGGACUUAUUGAGAGGUUUACCAAAGACACACCACGUUUCAAAGAUGAGCUUGAUUUCAUGAAGUUCAUCUGCAAAGAUUUCUGGACCAGUGUUUUUAAGAAGCAGAUUGACAACCUGCGAACCAACCACCAGGGUAUUUAUGUGCUACAAGACAACAAGUUUCGCCUGCUGGCCCAACUAUCUGCUGGUAAACAGUAUCUGGAACAUGCGCCGAAGUUUUUGGCCUUCACCUGUGGCCUGGUCCGAGGAGCGCUUUCAAAUCUCGGUGUGAAAAGUAUAGUCACUGCGGAAGUGUCAGUCAUGCCAGCCUGUAAAUUCCAGGUGAUGAUCCAGAAGAUGUGAUUCACUACACAAAGGAGCAUAUUGCAUAAUUUUUAUUAACUUAUCAGUUUAUUUAAUUGCCUUUCUCAUUUUAAUGCUAAUUUCACUGUGUUUUUCUUUUUUAUUUGUAUUGUAAAGAAACUAAUUUUGAUAACUACUGGCAUUAAAAGUGUUUUGAAAUGUAAAGGUCAAGUCUUAUUGUACUGUAUUUCAUUAGAAUUUUGACAUGAAUUAUGCUCUGUCCAUAUUCACUGUAUAUUGAACCUUAAUUUGCACUGAAAGCAUUAAAGCUGAAA